GGGGCCGCCGCUCCGGCAGCUCAUGCCCUCGGUGCCCGGCACUAACGCCCUCCGUGCCUGCCGUCCCGGCAGGUGCCUCUGCACACCCCACACCUCCCCGCUCCGCUGCGCCCUGCGCUGAGCCAGACCAGCUGCAUCGCCGUGUCCUGACCGAAGGCUCCUGGGAUGGCGUAUAGCAAGCAGCACCCCGAGCCUGGCGACCUGAUCGAGAUCAAGCGAUUAGUUUACCAGCACUGGGCCCUCUACUUGGGAGAUGGAUAUGUCGUCCACCUGACAUCUGCAGAUGAAGGGAUCCGAUGCCUGUCAGGCAGUAGUGACCCAAUAAUGAGGAAAAAGGCCAAGGUGAAGAAGCAGCUCCUGAAGGAGGUGGUGGGAAAUAAUGCCUGGGAGGUCAACAACAAGUAUGACCGCUCCUACACCCCCCUCCCAGUGAAGGAGAUCAUCAAGCGUGCUGAGAGCUACAUUGGCAUGGAGAUGACCUAUAAUGUGCUCUGGGAAAACUGUGAGCACUUUGUGACAAUGCUCCGCUAUGGCAAGAGUGUCUCUGACCAGGUCAGGGGAAUUCAAGAGAUGAUGGAUUUCAAUCGUGAAGUGUUCACUUAUGUACUUGUGGGUGGUACAGUUCUGGUUUUGACUACUUUUGGUGUUAGUCCUGUUGCUGCUAUUCUUGCUACUAAUAUUAGUGCUACUGCUGGUACUGGUUUCCUUAAGCUGUUUUUAAGCUCUUCUUCUAGACAAUCGUGGAAUGAGAAAAAGAGCAACUGAUGGGCCAUUUGUAAGAUCUCCAAGCAAGGCAGGGAGCCCCUGGCUGGGGGUGGUCAUUCCCCAGUAUUUGCCACACCUGAUACCAAAGGCUACAAGCAACUUUGCUACCCUUCCUGCAAUAGUUAAUAAUUACAAGAAAAUCUAAACAAACAAACUCAUGUUGACCUAAAUUGCUCUUCUAUCUUCUUAGUAUAAUCUUGUGUGCAAGUGCAACAAUUCAGCCUUGCUUCUCUCUUCCAUCCCAUUAAGAAAUAACAAGUCAAGAGUGGAAGAUAAUUGCCAGCAGCACUAGCCUGGUUGCCACAUUUGCUUUUAUUUCAUUGCCUGCGAUGAUUUUUGUGGCAGUCUGGGAGCACUUGAAAGCAAAUUAUCCCUUCCUUCCCUCCAUCUUGCCUCCAGUGUUUUGCUGAGGACUGGUGCAGGCUUUCUAUCCAACCUUCCUGUUUUUAUCAGCUGAAUCCUGUGGUCUGUUUCUGUGAAUAUCUGAUUUUAACCUUACCUUUCUGAAAAAGUUAAAUAAAAGUAUUGCUGAGGUUU